CUCUUGACAAGCAGCUUGCCUCUGACCAUGGCUGAAAGCACUCACCCGGAGCAGAGGCUCUCAGUGGAAGAUGGGGCAGUGGCCACCUUUGCUCCAUCUGCUGCUCUUCAGCAGGAGAGGGGAUACAUCUGACACCCUUUGUGCAGCAUCUGAGGCUGUUUGACUUACCUGGCAGGCAGGAGGUUCACUUUUCCCUGCCACCUUCAGCUGGGGAUGGGGUGAAGUGUGGUCUUUCCCUCUUGGUGCUGUUACAGGAGGUGUCUGCAAGCCAGGCUGGGACAGGGCACUUCCAUUCCUCCUCCUGAAGCCAGGCCAGGACGCCAAAUGGUAGGAUUGAAGCUACACAGCAGAGGAGCAUGUGUGCCUGGAAGCUGGCAGAGUGGAGCUCACCAUUAGAGCCCUCGUGAGAAAAAUGGUUUCCAGAACUUGUGCCACGUUCUGAUUCUGUGUAUUGCUCAGGGCAGGAUUUGAGGUUCCCUACUCCUCUUUCUGGUGUUGCCUGUUGACUAGGCAGCACCUCCCUUGCUCUCCAAAUCCCUGUAUGAGGGUCCCCACUCCACUGCAUAAGACUGGCCAAGGUGCCAAAAUCAGGACUCGUACUCUGAGCAGCAGCAACUGCAGCUUUGAAUGUGGGUGGCCCAGGACUGCAAUUCCAUCGCUGGCCCAAACAAGGCUGAACAUGUAGCAUGAUACCCUGUAGCGUAGGAUGCAUCACAUGGGAACGGCAUCUGUCAAGUUUCUCCUUGGAACUGGGGUUGCCGUGAGGGCAUCUCCGGCUGCCUUGGUGGCAGAGGCUGAUGCAACUACAGACCAGGCUGCAGGUGUGGAGGAGCCAUUCACUGAGCAAUGAAAUACCUGUGGUGAACAAGGUGGGGGCUCUUGACCAAGAGAGGUGCUGGGAGGUAGGAGAUGAAAGGAAGGGAUACCAGAAUGCUGUUCACCUUACCCAGAAGUGUGUUCCAUGGGAAACAGCACCAGCCAGCUCUACAGCGCACUCACCAAGACGUUGAGCAGCAGCGCCGUGUCCCAGCACCAGGACUGCCUGGAGCAGCCAGACUCAGCACGGCUGGAUCCUAUAGACCCCAAGGACCUGCUGGAGGAAUGUCAGAUGGUUCUGCAGAAGCGGCCACCCCGCUUUCAGAGGAACUUUGUGGACCUGAAGAAGAACGCUGCCAGUAACCACCGCCCCAUUCGGGUCAUGCAGUGGAACAUCCUUGCUCAAGCUCUUGGUGAAGGCAAGGACAACUUUGUUCAGUGCCCCAUGGAAGCUCUGAAAUGGGAAGAGAGGAAGUGCCUCAUCCUGGAGGAAAUCCUUGCGUACAAGCCGGACAUCUUGUGCCUGCAAGAAGUUGACCACUACUUUGACACCUUUGAGCCGCUCCUCAGCCGACUGGGCUACCAGUGUACUUUCUUCCCGAAGCCAUGGUCCCCGUGCCUGGAUGUGGAGCAGAACAACGGGCCGGAUGGCUGCGCCUUGUUCUUCAUCAAAGACCGCUUUGAGCUCAUCAACAGCGCUAACAUCCGGCUAACCGCCAUGAAGCUGAAGACCAACCAAGUGGCCAUAGCGCAGACGCUGAAGUGCAACGAAACUGGAAGACUGUUCUGCAUUGCCGUCACUCACCUCAAAGCCCGUACAGGUUGGGAGAGGUUUCGGUCUGCACAGGGCUGCGAUCUUCUCCAGAACCUGAAGAGCAUUACCCAAGGUGCAAAGAUCCCUCUGAUUGUCUGCGGAGACUUCAAUGCAGAGCCAACUGAGGAGGUCUACAAAGAGUUUUCCAACUCCAGCCUCAACCUAAACAGCGCCUACAAGCUGCUGAGCCCCGACGGGCAGUCAGAGCCCCCUUACACCACCUGGAAGAUCCGGCCGUCGGGAGAGUGCCGGCACACGCUGGAUUAUAUCUGGUAUUCCCAGCAUGCCUUGAUUGUGAACUCAGCCCUAGGCUUGCUGACUGAAGAGCAAAUAGGGCCCAACAGGCUGCCAUCAUUCAAUUACCCUUCUGAUCACCUAUCUCUGGUGUGUGACUUUAGUUUUAAUCAAGACCCUGACAGACUGCUGUAAUGUGUUGGAAUGCCACCUGGUAUUGCAGUGUCUUAACUCGCCACUAUUUCAUUUUAGAGAGAACUUUUGAAGCUGGAAGCUAUUGAAGGAUGAGGAAAUACUGUUGACUAAACAUUAUUUCAGGCACUCGUUUGCAGUCACAUUUGCCAUUCAGUGCUUGUGAAUCCGGAUCCUCCAAGGGAGGAAAAAAGUCUUUGUUCUCGUCGUGGUGUUCUUGCCAUGUCAGGGUUUGAAAACUAGAAGGCAAAUGAGCUUUACCCUUUCACUUAACCCUGUGUUUAAGGAUUUAAUCCUCUAAUGAAUGUGGAGGCCUUAGUAUUUAAGUCAAAACACUUGUGUUUGUAAAACAACUUGCCCUGACAGCAUGCUAAUUUUAUUUAUUUCAUGUUUAGCUUGUGCAAGUACCAAAGGGAACCGAGGCUUUACUACUCAGUGAGAUUCUCUCAAAUCUUUUUCUGGUCCAAUUAAUGCGGUUUACAAAUGAACAAAUUCGCACUAGUGUUGUCUUCUCCUUUUUACAUGACUUGAGAUGACGAUUUCAUUACAAGUGAAUGGAGAAUAACACAGUGUGAGGAAGGCCCCCUCCAGAAAGAGCAGGUGAAGAAAUAAGAGGCUAACUACAUCACAUAGUAGUAUCCUCACUUUCCCAGAUGAAUGUGCAUGUGUCCGUUACACACAUCCAGCCUGUAGGUAUGUGUACACAGUGACUCUUACCUCUGUCCCUUCUGUGUUUCCCUCGAGAGGACGCAUCCAACCACGGAGUAUUUCCUCCUCUGCUUCAAAUAAUGACUUUUCUAAAUGGUUCAAUCUUACUGUUUCAGUGAAGGGCCAAUCUUCAUGUUGAAAGACUUUCUUUUAUUUAUCUUCAGAAUCUAAAGCUACACUGGAACCUGUUAGAAGAUUAAAUUUAUUUAUUGAGAGAAGUGUGUGAUCCUGCAUCUGACUUGAAAUCAUACAGCAACAGUGCUCAGGAGCCUCUUUCCAUGGCCCAGGGGAACUCUAGCUAAGCACCUACGCUACGGUGGAGCUGUGUUAGUAUAGUAACUCUUGUGCAUGGAGUGGUGCUCGUUAGUAUGAUGUUGGUAUGGCACAUAUGGGUUGUAAACAUGCCACUAUGCUGGAAAAUGAGGUAGGGAGAGAGGAUGGAAAAGAGACAACAGUUGGACUGACAUUUAGAUAGUUGGGAAAGAUGAGGCAGAACAAAUAAAGCAGUACUUCCAUGUAAAGUAAGGCCCGUAGUAACUCUUAAAUGUUCCAGGUGUUUAUUAAUAAAAGUCUUU